AUGUCCAUCGAGUCGGCGCUCAGGAGGCUCACGCUUCAGCCUGCCUCCAUCUGCCGCCAAUGUCGUCGUUCCUGGAGCUCAUCUUCGGUGCAGCGCCAACAGCAAUCUGCCACUGCAGCUUUCGCUGGCCAACUCCUAGCUUCUCGUAAUGAAUCAACGCAGUCCCGGGCUGCAACUAUUCGCUCCUCCGCCACACCUACCAGCACUCCCCCGAAAACCUCUGCCGAGCCAAACAAACCCGUGCCUCGAACAUCCUACGACAUAGCGAGCUCCAUCAUCUCCGACACCGCGGCUGCAUCCCGUCGGCGAGCACAAGAACUACGCGCAUCCGAGGUCGAGCGACCCUGGAGUCGAGCGGAUCUUGAAAGACAGACCCAACGAAGAUGGAGGGUUGGUGAUGUGUACGCGCCACACGAUCUGAGCGGCGCAGAGCAGGCGAAGUGGAAGAAGUUUAGGCGGAAGGGCAAGCAGCGACACGAUGAUAUUGAUCAGCUGGGAAUCAAUCCGAUUCAUCACUACAAGGUACGCGCGUCGAAACUCGGAUCUGAAGCCUUUGUUCGCGACCGCUGA